AUGACCUUCACCACCUCAGAAGACCGCGUCCCCCGCGGUGACGUCGUCGCCCCCCUGAACUUCUACGAGCCCCCUUCGGACGGCUCAAGCCCCUUCAACAACAUCGACCCGGCCCCCGGCGUUCCCGAGCGUAACUACUCUUACCAAACCCUCUCCGUCACCAUCCGCGACAUCCGCGGUCUUGAGUCUUCCUUCACACUCGACAACGACGCCUUCCAGAUCCUCCAAGGCCUCCCCCCAUCCGCCGAAGAAGACCCUGCAAAGAACGGCUCCAACUUCACCUCCGACGCCUCCAUUUCCCAACUCUACUACCCCGAAGUCACCCGCCUCCUUCUGGACACCAUCCCCGGUUCCAACAAAGUCAUCAUCUUCGACCACACCAUCCGCCGCACCUCCCCCUCUGCGCCCCGCGGCCCCGUGCAGCGCGUACACAUUGACCAAACCGCCACUUCCGUCGCGCAACGUGUGCGCCGACACGCUUCCUCCCCUGAGGAGGCCGAGCGGUUGUUGCAAGGGAGGUACCGCAUCGUCAACGUGUGGCGGCCGCUGAACAAAGGGCCCGUGGAAAGCUACCCGCUGGCGUUUGCCAGUUCGCAGACGGUAGAAGACAAAGAUAUAGUGCCCGUCGAGCAUCGGUAUAAGAAUGGAUAUACCGGUCAGACGGCCGGGGUGCUACAUGAUGAAGGGCAAAAGUGGUACUUUUUGAGCGGCAUGACGGGCGACGAAAGGAUUCUGUUGGAGUGCUUUGAUAGUUGGGCAGGCAAAGAGGACCUGGAGGAGGGGAGGAAGGUGAAAGGGGGAAGGGUGCCGCAUACGGCUUUUGAGGAUCCGAGACAGAGAGCGGAUGCCGAGGGACGGGAGAGCAUUGAGAAGGCGGGUUGCGGUAUUCUCUGA